AGUCGAACCUCACGCUGCACCAGACAUCACACACAGGAAGCAUCCGAUUGACAAGCUGCCGUCUUUUCAUAAACACCUAACCUCUCUCUACUGGCAAACCUUGCAUCCAAACCAACCAAUGACCCCCUCUUCCAGAGAUGUAAAACACAGCCUUGCCUCCAGAGGGCGAUAACCAGUGAGUAUUUCACAGAGUUGUGUAGAAAUGUGAGAUAGAAGAAGAUGGAAGAAGAUGCACAAGCAAGUAUUUUUAUCAUCCAGCAAGUGAAGAAAGAAGGUGGUAUAUAAAGGCGAACAACUCCAACUGAACUUUACUGGCAUACUAUUAUAAAAAUGCAGUGUGUUAAAGAAGAGUUUAAAGAGGAGAGUGAAGACAUCAGUAUUACAGAAUCAUGCAGAAUGAAACAUGAAGAUACUGAAGAACAAAGAGACUUGAUAGAAGUGAAAGAAGAAAGUCAAGAACUGAAUGACUUGGAGGAGAAACAUCAGUAUCAUACAUUUGAUAAUAUGACUGGUGAAGAUGUUAGUGGCUCGAAGACUGAAAAUAAUUUUUCACAGAAAAGAACUCGAAGAAGAAGAGCCAAAAAUUCUUUCACCUGCUCUCACUGUGGAAAGAGUUUUACACAAAAAGGAUACCUUAAAACUCACUUAAGACUUCACUCUGGAGAGAAGCCUUUCACCUGCCUUCAGUGUGGAAAGAUUUUUGCACAUAAAGUAAACCUUAAGCGUCACAUGAGAAUUCAUACUGGAGAAAAGCCUUGCACAUGUAAUCAAUGUGGAAAGAGUUUCUCAGAGACAUCAAGCCUUCAGAGCCAUCUGCGACUUCACUCUGGAGAGAAGCCUUUCACAUGCCUUCAGUGUGGAAAGAGUUUUACACAGAGAGGACAUCUUUAUGUUCACAUGAAAAUCCACACUGGAGAGAAACCUUUCACAUGCCUUCAAUGUGAAAGGAGUUUUGCACAUAAAGGAGAUCUAAAUCGUCACAUGAGAAUCCACAGUGGAGAAAAGCCUUUCACAUGCUCUCAGUGUGGAAAGAGUUUUGCAGUGACAUCAAAUCUUCAGAGUCACCUGCGACUUCACUCUGGAGAGAAGCCUUUCACAUGCCCUCAAUGUGGAAAUAGUUUUACACAAAAAGGAAGUCUUUACCGUCACAUGAGAAUUCACACUGGAGAAAAGCCUUUUGCAUGCCUUCAAUGUGGAAAGAGUUUUGUUACAUCAGGAGAGCUGAAAAGUCAUGAGAGGGUGCAUACUGGAGAGAAGCCAUUCAAAUGCACUUCAUGUGAGAAAAGUUUCAGCACAUCAAGUAAUCUACAGACUCAUCAAAAACUUCACUCUGGAGAGAAGCCUUUCACCUGCCUUCAGUGUGGCAAGAUUUUUGGACAUAAAGUAAACCUUAAGCGUCACAUGAGAAUUCAUACUGGAGAAAAGCCUUUCACCUGCUCUCAGUGUGGAAAGAGAUUCUCAGAGACAUCAAGCCUUCAAAGUCACCUUCGACUUCACUCUGGAGAGAAGCCUUUCACAUGCCUUCAAUGUGGGAAGAGUUUUACACAGAGAGGACAUCUUUAUGUUCAUAUGAAAAUCCACACUGGAGAGAAACCUUUUACAUGCCCUCAAUGUGGAAAGAUUUUUGCAAAUAAAGGAGAUCUUAAGCGUCACACGAGAAUUCACAGUGGAGAAAAGCCUUUCACAUGCCAUCAGUGUGGAAAGAGUUUCUCAGUGACAACAAGCCUUCAGAGUCACCUGCGACUUCACUCUGGAGAGAAGCCUUUCACAUGCCCUCAAUGUGGAAAUAGUUUUACACAAAAAGGAAGUCUUCAGCGUCACAUGAGAAUUCACACCGGAGAAAAGCCUUUUCCAUGCCUUCAAUGUGGAAAGAGUUUCACACAAGCAGGGAAUCUCAAAAUUCAUCUGCACUUUCAUUCUGGGUUAAAACCAUUUAACUGUGAACGUUGUAGCAAAACAUUUCUGCUGGAAUCACAUCUAAAGGUACACCUGAGAACUCAUGCAAAUAAAAAGCCUUACGUGUGUUCUUUUUGUGGAAAGAGUUUUAUUACAUCAGGAGAUCUGAAAAGUCAUGAGAGGGUGCAUACUGGAGAGAAGCCAUUCAAAUGUACUAUAUGUGAGAAGAGUUUCAGCACAUCAAGUAAUCUACAGACUCAUUUAAAAAAGCAUUCACCAAAACUGUCAUAAUGAGCCAAUUUUAUGUUAGGGCCAACUGUUAUUUGAUGUAACAAUUCAGUCUAGUCAGUUUCAGUCAGUUUAUUACAUCUGGGCCUGUUUACAAAGAUUUUUAUCUUACUACUAGGAGUUUUCCAAAGAGUUCCUAGCUAGGUGUUUUUACUUAAAACCUUGCUUUCAAAAAACUGCUAAGAGCAAGUUUUACUAAUUAUCUUAAGAGUAAGGUGGAGUUGACCUUUUUGCU